UUCGCCCCAAGCCAAACAAAACUCUUUCUUCUUUUAUCGUCCCUUAUUUCUGUAAAUGGUGAUGGCUAGCCAACAAGGGCAAGGGAUCAAGCUAUUCGGGGCAACGAUUACGUUGCAUGCAAGACAAGUAAAAGAGGAACACAACAACCAAGCUGACAACCCUACGGUCGACAAGAGGCCUGACACGAUUAUACCUUGUCCUAGAUGCAAGAGCAUGGAGACCAAAUUUUGUUACUUCAAUAACUACAACGUCAAUCAGCCUAGACAUUUCUGUAAAGGUUGCCAGAGGUACUGGACGGCUGGUGGUGCUCUUCGGAACGUUCCGGUGGGGGCUGGUCGUCGUAAAGCCAAGCCAGUACCGGGUCAUGGUCUUGCUGGGUUUCCGGAGGGGAGCUUGCAUGACGCGUCUUUUGGGGUGCACCGGUUUGAGUUGGAGGGGAUGGUGUUGGAUGAGUGGCGCUUAACGGCAGAAAAUGGUGGUUUCCGGCAAGUUUUCCCGAUGAAGCGGAGGCGAAUCAGUUGCUCAGAUGACGGGGACUCAUGUGGUAUGCCAGUAGGACACAAUCAACCCAGCAGUGAGGAGUCCAUCAUCCAAUUUCAUUGAUCCAAAUCAGCUAUUGAAAGCGAAACCAUCACCCGCAUUGACAUCGGCAUCAGAAUCAUCUUUGAUAUAAGCACAUGGCAAAUUUUGACGAAUAAGAUGGGAGCAGGCAGAUUCUUCGGACAAAGGGAUAAUUUCUUUAAACACUUCAGCUAAUGUAAAUGGAUAGCAUUAUCUUAUCAAAUCAUAAUCAUCAGAGAUUUUGAUAUAAAAAAGCAAACUAAAAUAAAUAUUAUAUAUACUAUGUACAGAUGUUGCGGUAGGGAAAACAGAUGCCUUGAGGUUAUAGGAUUAGGCAUCUUAUCACUCAGAUUAGUGGACUAGUGUGUCUUUAAGCUUAAACAGGUGCUUUGACUGAGCAUGUAACUUGAGA